AGUUUCACAUUUCUUCCAAAAAAUAUUAAUAUUAGGUGUAAAUUCAUUUUCCAAUAUUAAAAACUGAAAACAAAAGAAAAGACACAUUCUCCUUUUACAACGGCAACGAACAUUCUUUCUUUCAUCAGAACCCCCAAAUUCGUCAAUUAGGGUUCAAUCAAAUUUCAAUUCCCAAACCCUCCAAUCCUCAAUCUUCCAACAUUCUCUUCCAAAUCCCAAAAUCUUCCCUCACUGAUUCCCCCAAUUCACACGGCGAGCCUCCGUAGCUCGCUUCUUCGCCAACCAAUCAUGGCGAAAUUCUCCGAUCAAACUUCCCAUCUCCGAUUAGGGAAAUUCACCUCCAUCGUUCUCACCUUUUUCGCUCUCUGCAUCAUCUUCCCCAUCUUUACGACAGCAGAGCACGAACAAUUCUCCGUUAUCAGGUUACCAUCCGCCGGAGAAGAUCAAAGCCUGUGUUCCAGAACAACUCCGUCAUCAUGUCCUGCAAAAUGUUUCCGGACGGACCCCGUUUGCGGUGCAGACGGUGUAACGUAUUGGUGCGGUUGCGCAGAAGCAGCUUGUGCUGGCGCUAAAGUUGCAAAAUUGGGUUUCUGUGAAGUUGGGAAUGGUGGAUCUGCAACUUUUCCUGGUCAGGCACUUCUUUUGGUUCAUAUUGUAUGGCUCAUUGUUUUAGGAUUUUCUGUAUUGUUUGGAUUUUUCUAGUUUAAAGGAAAUUUUUUCUGUAGUACCAAAAAAAAAAAGAGGGAAAAUUAUGUAAUUAUGAGAAUGUUGUUUGUCUAAUCUUCUGGGUUUGGGUUUAGGUAACAUGACAAAUUCUUUUUCUCAUUUAUUUUAAUUGGGUGCUAUGAAUCUUGUGAAGAUUCAUGUGUGUUAUAAGAUGGAUUUUGAAGAUGUUGAUCUUUGUAUAUUGUUGUUAUAUUGAUCAUUUGACCAGUUCAUAUAUAUUGACAUUGUGUAA